CUCGCACGGGCACCAUGUCGGCGCAGCUGGAGUGCUGCGCGCGCGAGUGGCACGAGCUGGAGGGGGAAUUUCAGGAACUGCAGGAAACCCACAAGAUCUACAAGCAGAAGCUGGAGGAACUGACUGCCCUGCAGACCUUGUGCAGCGGCUCCAUCAACAAGCAGAAGAAGCGGCUCAAGGAGUUGAAGUACUCACUCCAGAGGUACAAAAGCCAUGCCAGCCAGGAGGAAGUGGAGCUUGUGCAGCAAAUGGGCACCAGCAUCAAGGAACGCCAGAACGUCUUCUUUGACAUGGAGGCCUACCUGCCAAAGAAGAACGGGCUCUACUUGAACCUGGUCCUGGGCAACGUGAAUGUGACCCUUCUCAGCAACCAGGCCAAGUUCGCCUAUAAGGACGAGUAUGAGAAGUUCAAGCUGUACCUGACGAUCAUCCUGCUCCUCGGUGCCGUGGCCUGUCGGUUCUUCCUUCACUACAGGGUGACAGACGAAGUCUUCAACUUCCUGCUCGUGUGGUACUACUGCACCCUGACCAUCCGGGAGAGUAUCCUCAUCAGCAAUGGCUCGAGGAUCAAAGGCUGGUGGGUGUCUCACCACUACGUGUCCACGUUCCUGUCGGGAGUAAUGCUGACGUGGCCCAAUGGACUGAUUUAUCAGAAGUUUCGAAACCAGUUUUUAGCCUUUUCCAUUUUUCAGAGCUGCGUCCAGUUCCUGCAGUACUAUUACCAGAGGGGCUGCCUGUACCGGCUGCGCGCGCUGGGCGAGCGGAACCACCUGGACCUCACGGUGGAAGGCUUCCAGUCAUGGAUGUGGCGAGGGCUCACCUUCCUCCUACCUUUCCUCUUCUGUGGCCACUUCUGGCAGCUCUACAAUGCGGUCACGUUGUUUGAACUCUCCAGGCACGAGGAAUGCCAGGAAUGGCAGGUGGCUGUCCUGGCCCUCACCUUCCUCAUCCUCUUCCUCGGUAACUUCCUGACCACCCUCAAAGUCGUACACACCAAGCUGCAGAAGAACAGAGACAAGACCAAGAAGCCGUGAGCCUUGGGAUGCGUGCGUCCUCGGGCCCUGGCCUU